GGUCGUAGGCUCGGUCGGCUCCGGGCGUGCGCAAGGCGAGGGUUCCUUCCGCUUCGCGUCUCCGUUGGCUGGAGACAGGCGGAGUGCCGGCGCCCGGCUUUGGUGGCCUCUAGUGAGAUCGGGAGGGUCCAAGGAUUCUGUAGCUCCAAUGUUGUCAAGACUUUUCCGAAUGCAUGGCCUCUUUGUGGCCUCCCAUCCCUGGGAAGUAAUAGUGGGGACAGUGACACUGACCAUCUGUAUGAUGUCCAUGAACAUGUUUACUGGUAACGAUAAGAUCUGUGGUUGGAAUUAUGAGUGUCCAAAGUUUGAAGAGGAUGUUUUGAGCAGUGACAUUAUAAUUCUGACAAUAACACGAUGCAUAGCAAUCCUGUAUAUUUACUUCCAGUUCCAGAAUUUACGUCAACUUGGAUCAAAAUAUAUUUUGGGUAUUGCUGGCCUCUUCACAAUUUUCUCAAGUUUUGUCUUCAGUACAGUUGUCAUUCACUUCUUAGAUAAAGAAUUGACAGGUUUGAAUGAAGCUUUGCCCUUUUUCCUACUUUUGAUUGACCUUUCCAGAGCGAGUGCAUUAGCAAAGUUUGCCCUCAGUUCCAACUCACAGGAUGAAGUAAGGGAAAAUAUUGCUCGUGGAAUGGCAAUUCUAGGUCCCACGUUCACCCUUGAUGCUCUUGUUGAAUGUCUUGUGAUUGGAGUUGGUACCAUGUCAGGGGUGCGUCAACUUGAAAUUAUGUGCUGCUUUGGCUGCAUGUCAGUUCUUGCCAACUACUUUGUGUUCAUGACCUUUUUCCCAGCUUGUGUGUCCUUGGUAUUAGAGCUUUCGCGGGAAAGCCGUGAGGGUCAUCCAAUUUGGCAGCUCAGCCAUUUUGCCCGAGUUUUAGAAGAAGAAGAAAAUAAACCAAAUCCUGUAACUCAGAGGGUCAAGAUGAUUAUGUCUCUAGGCUUGGUUCUUGUUCAUGCUCAUAGUCGCUGGAUAGCUGAUCCUUCUCAAAACAGUACAGCAGAAAAUUCUAAGGUUUCUUUAGGACUGGAUGAAAAUGUGUCAAAGAGAAUUGAACCAAGUGUUUCCCUCUGGCAGUUUUAUCUCUCUAAGAUGGUCAGCAUGGAUAUUGAACAAGUUAUUACCCUAAGUUUAGCUCUCCUUCUGGCUGUCAAGUACAUCUUCUUUGAGCAAGCAGAGACAGAAUCUACACUCUCAUUAAAAAACCCUAUCACAUCUCCUGUAGUGACACAGAAGAAAGAUCCAGACAAUUGUUGUAGACGUGAACCUAUGCUGGUCAAGAAUAACCAGAAAUUUCAUUCAAUAGAGGAAGAGACAGUGAUAAACCGAGAAAGAAAAGUUGAGGUUAUAAAACCCUUAGUGGCUGAAAGUGACACCUCAAACAGAGCAACAUUUGUGGUUGGUAACUCCUCCUUCCUUGAUACUCCAUUGGUGCUACUAACACAGGAUCCUGAAGUUGAACUUCCCAGGGAGCCUCGGCCUAAUGAAGAAUGUCUGCAGAUACUUGGGAAUGCAGAGAAAGGUGCAAAAUUCCUUAGUGAUGCAGAGAUCAUCCAGUUAGUCAAGGCUAAGCAUAUUCCAGCUUACAAAUUGGAAACUCUGAUGGAAACCCAUGAACGAGGUGUAUCUAUUCGCCGACAGUUACUUUCCGAAAAGCUUCCAGAGCCUUCUUCUCUCCAGUACCUACCUUAUAGGGACUAUAAUUACUCCUUGGUGAUGGGAGCUUGUUGUGAGAACGUUAUUGGAUAUAUGCCCAUCCCUGUUGGAGUGGCAGGACCUCUGUGUUUGGAUGGAAAAGAAUUUCAGGUUCCAAUGGCAACAACAGAAGGUUGUCUUGUGGCCAGCACUAAUAGAGGCUGCAGAGCAAUAGGUCUAGGUGGAGGUGCCAGCAGCCGAGUCCUUGCAGAUGGGAUGACUCGUGGCCCAGUGGUGCGUCUUCCCAGUGCUUGUGACUCAGCAGAAGUGAAGGCCUGGCUUGAAACACCUGAAGGGUUCACAGUGAUAAAGGAGGCAUUUGACAGCACCAGCAGAUUUGCACGUCUACAGAAACUUCAUAUGAGUAUGGCUGGUCGCAAUCUUUAUAUCCGUUUCCAGUCCAAGUCAGGAGAUGCCAUGGGGAUGAACAUGAUCUCGAAGGGUACAGAGAAAGCACUUUCAAAACUUCAUGAGUAUUUCCCUGAAAUGCAGAUUCUAGCAGUUAGUGGUAACUAUUGUACUGACAAGAAACCUGCUGCUAUAAACUGGAUAGAGGGAAGAGGAAAGUCUGUUGUUUGUGAAGCUGUCAUUCCAGCCAAGGUGGUCAGAGAAGUCUUAAAAACUACUACAGAAGCUAUGAUCGAUGUAAACAUUAGCAAGAAUCUGGUGGGCUCUGCCAUGGCCGGGAGCAUAGGUGGCUACAAUGCCCAUGCAGCAAACAUUGUCACAGCUAUCUACAUUGCCUGUGGGCAGGAUGCGGCACAGAAUGUUGGUAGUUCAAACUGUAUUACUUUAAUGGAAGCAAGUGGUCCCACAAAUGAAGAUUUGUAUAUCAGUUGUACCAUGCCAUCUAUAGAAAUAGGAACUGUGGGUGGUGGGACCAACCUACUACCUCAGCAAGCCUGUUUGCAGAUGCUAGGUGUUCAAGGAGCAUGCAAAGACAAUCCUGGGGAAAAUGCCCGGCAGCUUGCCCGAAUUGUGUGUGGUACAGUAAUGGCUGGGGAAUUGUCACUGAUGGCAGCAUUGGCAGCAGGACAUCUUGUCAGAAGUCACAUGAUUCACAACAGGUCAAAGAUAAAUUUACAAGACCUCCAAGGAACUUGCACCAAGAAGGCAGAUUGAAUAACCUGACGCUCUGAACUGAAACAUGGGCAUUGGGUUCUAAAGGACUAACAUAAAAUCUGUGAAUUAAAAAGCUCAAUGUAAUGUCCUGUUAAGGAUGAGUAGACAUGAUCAGUGAGACAACUGCUUGGUUUUUGGCUCUUUCAGAGAGGUCUGAGUUCUUUCUGUGCGGUCUCUUCAGAUCUGAAAACAGUUUAGUGCUUUACAUGCUGUGCUCAUUGGAAAGAUCUCAACAUUGGUAUUCUGCUUUAAAGCAUCACAGAAGGAAAUCUACAGCUCACCUCUGAAGGCGAAUACAAGCUGGAAAAAAAGUGUUUUCUUUUGAUGAAAUUCAUGAAGUUCAUGAUGAUCAGUGUGAGAUUACCCUCCUUCCCACCCCCACAGGUUGAAAAUGGAUUUUUAAAUUAUACUGUGGUUGACAAAGCUUCUGAUUUUAUAGUUAAUUUAUUAAGUCUGGGUUGUAGAUCUUUAAGAAAUAAGAGCUAAGUUUAUUUUUUGUAAACUAAUAUUUCAUUUGGUGCUGGCCUAUUUUGAUUUUUUUUUGGGGGGGUAACCAACAUUAUUCUUCAGAAGGGGAGGGACCUGGCUAUCUUCAAGAAAAGAAUUAUUAUUCCUGUUCCCAAACUACAAAAUAAUAUGCUAAGCAAUGCUAAAUAGUUCUCUAUCAAGAAAACAAAUCACUGCAUUUAUUUCUGUGAUUUAUUCAGAGAGUCCUCUUAUAUAAAUAGAAAUUUUGUCUAGAUUGCAUAUAACAUGUCUUUCAGCAUUAGGCUUUAGGAAACAGAGUUUUGUGCUCCACUAAAGAUAUCAGAGCUCUUACUGUUGUUUAGACGAGGGUGACUUUGUCAAGUACAAGCAUGUCUGUGACCUCUCUUAGAACUCAGUGUGAAAACACAGUUGUGAAAGAAAAAUACCGUUUCUCUAAGCCAACUUUCUCAAAAGACCUUUUAAUUUAUUUAGCUGAAAAAAAUCUAGAUUUUUUGUAAACAACGUAUCAAAUCUGUAUAUGUUGUAAUAAAGUUUCUUAUGCUAGGAGUUUGUGUUCAUGAAAUAAAGAAAAAUCAACUUGUAUACUGAUAAAACACUCUAGCUUGGGCCAGAGAAGAUAGUUUCCUGGCUUACUUGCCCAGCCUAGUGGAAGGGAAAGUCAGCUUACAGAACCAAUGAAAGGAGCCAUGUGAAUGGCCCUGGAGCUGUGUGCCUUGUUCCUGUGGCCAGGAGGUGGGUGACCGAAACAUUCACACAGGGCUCUUGGAUGGACCCAUAAAAGCUCUUAGCUUCCUCAGGUUGUCAGCAGAGUUGUUGAAUCUUAAUUUUUUUUAAUGUACAAGUUUUGUAUAAAUAAUAAAGAACUCCUUAUUUUGUAUUACA